AUGAAUAUUGAACAAUCAAUUGAGUGUGUCAAUGAAAGGUUAAAUGAUCAAAUUGAACAAGGUGGAAUAAACAUACAAAGUCAGGGAAGGGAAGAAAAUGGGCAAAAUGAGAUACUUGAAAAUAUUGGUUGGAAAUUUCGAUCUCGUAAAGAGCUCCUUGAUAUCAUCCAAGAAUUUUUCUCAAUGCAAGGGUAUGCAAUAUCUUUUAAAAACUCCAAAAAAGAUAGAUAUGUGACCAUUGGUUGUGAUAGAGGUGGUUGUUACCGAAAUAAGUCGCAUGUUCCUAUGGAGCAUCGACAAAGGCAAAUGGCUACUCACCUUAUUAAUUGUCCCUUUGAAAUUCAAAGUAAGAGACAAAGUGAUGGGUUUUGGGUGCUUGAAGUAAAAAAUAGCUCACAUAAUCAUAAGCCUUCUAGUGACAUGUCCGGACAUCCUUAUUGUCGUCGUUUAUCCAGAGAAGGAGUUUUGAGCAUUGAAGAAAUGACUAGAUCGGGGAUACCAUCGCCCCAAAUUCUUUCUUCACUUAGACAAAAGAAUCCGAAGCUUCAAGCGGUAUCAAGGACUAUAUACAAUAUGAAGGCUAAACUUCACAAGGAUAACUUGGCAGGGCGAACUAUAAUACAAGCAUUGUUUGAAGAACUUCGUCAAGGUGAUUUAACUUUUAAUGUUGCACAUAAUCAAGAUGGACAUUUGACACAUCUCUUUUUUGCACACCCUUCUUCAAUCAUGUUGACAAGGAAUUACUCGAAUGUUUUUGUGAUGGAUUGCACUUAUAAGACUAACAAAUACAAGAUGCCACUUCUUGACAUAAUUGGUGUUUCAAGUUUCAACAUUUUGGAUAAAGAGGGAGAAGAAGAUUAUGUUUGGGCUUUACAAAUGUUUAGUAAGAUAUUGGGUCCCAUUGGCCAUCCUUCUGUCAUUGUAUCUGAUAGGGAAUUGGCAUUAAUGAAUGCCAUACAAGUUGUCUUUCCAACAACUAAGAAUCUUUUAUGUGUGUCACAUUGA